AUGGUUAUAAAGAACAACAAUGGGAGUUUGGCUCUGUCUGCUUCGCAGUGUGGUUGUUAUGUGAAGGACCUAGUGAUAUCCCUGGAUGGUGGAGCAUCUUGGUUUUAUCAAGGGUUUAUAAAUGCUUUUGAAGAUCAUAUUAAAGCUGCAGUUGAGAAGGCAAUACCUGAAAAUAUCAUUGAAGGUGCUGGGAAACUGGACUCCUUUCUGCAAGGUCUCCCCAGGACCAUCAGUCUGGACGACGUUGCUGCCUUCAACAUGACUUUCAUUAAUGAUCCACACUAUGGCAAUUCUUCAAUUGAGUUCGAUAUCAAUGGGUUGGCUGGUUCAAUGCAUUGGGUUGUUGACAAAGUCCCUGAUCAGUCUCUACUGAACACAGCUAAUUGGAAAUUUAUCAUUCCUCGUUUAUACUGGAAUUACCCAAAUGACGAUAUGCUGCUAAAUAUUUCAAUGGCCUCAUCCCCGGUGAUAAGGAUUACAUCAGAAAAAAUUGAAGCUACCAUUAACGCAGAUAUGGUAAUUGAUGUUGUAGAUGGCAAGGAGAUAGUUCCAGUUGCAUGCAUCUCAGUGAUUGUCAGUGCUUCAGGUGUUGUAGAUGCAUCAGGCAAUAAAGUAUAUGGUAGAGUUGGAUUAGAUAAUUUCUCCCUUGCGUUGAAGUGGAGUAAAAUUGGGAACUUCCAUAUGUCUUUGAUUCAGGGAGUGAUUCGUGUUUUCCUGAACACAGUAUGCAUGCCCUAUUUGAACUCAUGGCUUGGGAAUGGAUUUAUCUUGCCCGUGUUUCAUGGUUUCACACUUCAAGACGUCUACGUUUUAACCUCUGCUGAGCAGCUGACGCUUUGUUCUGAUGUCACCUUCAACGCAAGCAGCUUGGCGAGUUUAUCACAUAUGUGA